AUGGGGGAUGCAGAUAAGAGCAAGAUAAAUGUUGAUAUGCUUUGCGAGAUGUGGGAGCAAAUGCAGCACAGGUUUGAAAUGGAUAUUCGGGUGCUACUGGACAAGUCCAAAUGGUUGGCCGUGCAGCUGACCAAAGUGGUUGACACUCCACCAGAGCCGAUUAAGAGGCUGCGGUCGCAACAGAAAUUAAAGCUGAACCAUUUAAUGAUCCACCUAACGGAGGAGCUGCAGCGGCAACGUGACAAGGCAAGUGCCAAAAGGCGGCUACAGGAGUGGAACAAUAGCUUGGACAAGAUGCGCUUUAAGAUCCGCGUUCUAUCGGAAAGUUUGUCAAAAGUUGGUAUUGACGUAUUAGCCAUGCAAAAUUUGUGUGAAACGCAAGACAAUUCACAGCAAAACUUCGAGCAGCUCAGUCAGGCGCUGCAACAAUGUGAAGCUCUGCGUGCCCAAAAUCUCUCAGUUCUCAUCGAUCAGGUGCGCACGGAAAUUAAUCAAUGGUGUGAUCUGACAUUGCAAUAUCCAACAGUAGGAAACUAUCAAAAGGAUUGCUGCAACGAGGAACUCUUGGUGUUAUUAGAGGAUCAGCUGGCAGAUAUUAAGGAGUAUUACAAUAGUAACAGAUCAAUCUUUGAGCUCUACGCCAAACGCGUCAAACUUUGGACGCGCAUGGCGGCGCUUGAGGAUAAGGCCAAAGAACCCAAUCGCUAUCACAAUCGUGGCGGCGCUUUGCUCCGGGAGGAGCGAGAACGUAAAAUUAUCAGCAUCAAACUGCCACAGAUCGAGCAACAACUGAACGAGCUGGUGCAGACCUUUGUGGAGCGCACGAAACAGCCGUUUCUGGUGCAAGGAGAGGAAAUACUCGGACGCAUUGCUACCGAUUGGGAUGACUAUCGAUUGGCCAAAGAGCAGGAAACUAUUGCACGCAAAAAGGCAGCAACUGAUUCCGUAUUGGAGCCCCCUAGUUCAACGCAUUCCGGCGUUAUUUCGCUUCGCAAGACGACAUCGGUCCCAUAUUUCAAUUCCACAACAGUUAACACAGUCUCUCCGUGGGCUGUUAAACAGCAGCCAGACAAGCAGAGAGAACGUUCAAAGUAG